AUGAUUAUCCGGAUAAUCACACUUCUUGCACUAUGCUAUUCAGUUAGCUCUCACAAAAUUCUAGUUUUCUCUCCAACUGCAAGCAAAUCUCACAUGAUUUCCCAAGGAAGAAUAGCAGAUGAGCUAGCCAAUGCAGGUCAUGAAGUUGUUAAUUUUGAACCAGACUUUUUGGAUAUAACCGAUAAAUUCGUACCAUGUAAAAAAUGCAGAAGAUGGCCAGUUACUGGACUGAAUAACAAAAAAUAUAAAUCAAUUCAGAAUGAAAUGUCUGCAAACGUAUUCCAGGAAUCUUCACUUUGGAGUAAAAUCUUUAAUCAGGAACGAGAUUCACAUGAAGACGAGUACACUAAUCUGUGUGAAGAAAUCGUAACAAAAAAAGAACUUAUUGAAAAAUUGAAGGCUGAAAAGUUCGAUGCCUAUUUCGGAGAACAGAUUAAUUUGUGUGGAAUGGGAUUGUCGCACAUUUUAGGAAUAAAACACAGAUUCUGGGUUGCCAGUUGUACCAUGAGCGUUAGUAUGAGACACAGUUUGGGAAUUCCAACACCUUCAAGUUUUCUUCCAUUCAUGUCUCCAUUGGAUGAAAAUCCAGCUUCUUUCUGGCAGAGAGCUAAAAAUUUCAUUAUUACAACUGCCCAUAUCAGAGAUGAAUAUAGAGAUGUGGAUUGGACUGAUCAAAUGUUCAGAAGACAUUUUGGACAAGGCUUCCCAUCAGUUGAUUAUCUUGCAAAAACUUCUGAUAUAAUUUUUGUUUCUACCGACGAGUUGCUGGAACUACAAUCACCUACAUUGGCAAAUGUUGUCCAUAUCGGUGGAUUGGGAAUGUCAAAUAAAGAAGUACCUCUUGAUGGGGAAUUCGCAAAAAUUAUGAAUAACGGAAAAGAAGUAGUUCUUUUCUCUUUGGGAACCAUCGCAAACACCACAAAUCUCCCUCAAGUUAUCAUGGAAAACUUUUUGAAUAUUACUCAAAAAUUCAAAGACUAUCAAUUCAUUGUUAAAGUUGACAAAUAUGACAAGAGAAGUUUCGAACUUGGAGAAGGAUUGGAGAACGUAUUGGUGACCGAUUGGGUUCCUCAGCCUGCUCUUCUUCCUCAUCCAAAACUGAAAACAUUCAUAACUCAUGCCGGUUAUAACAGUUUGAUGGAAGCAGCUCAUGCUGGAGUUCCAGUUAUUCUGAUUCCUUUUAUGUACGAUCAGCCAAGAAAUGGAAGAUUUGUUGCAAAAAAGGGUUGGGGAAUAUUAAGAGAUAGAUUCCAACUGAUCAAUGAUCCAGAUGCUAUUGAAGGAGCUAUAAGAGAAAUGAUCCAGAAUCCAAGCUACAAACAAAAAGCAUCUCGCCUGAGGAAACUGAUGAGAACCAAACCACAAAAUGCAUCUGAGCGUCUGAUCAAAAUCACAAAUUGGGUUUUGGAAAACGACGGAGUUGAAGAAUUACAAUACGAAGGAAAACAUUUGGAUUUAUUCACUUUCUACAAUCUCGAUAUUCUGAUUGUUGCCGCAUUAAUUCCAAUUUUAAUUUUUAUUAUCCUUCGAAUUUCAGAUAUCACAGUGGUUGUGAAAAGCGGGACAAAAAAUAAGAAAGAAUAA